AUGGAAUUACGAAAAAGAAAAUCAGCAAAUUUCAAAACGUAUAGAAAAUAUGGAGAUAACUUUUCAUAUAAAAAAUAUGUAAGCAAAGAAAAAGCAGCUACAAUAAAUGGAAAUAUAGCUACAGAUCAUUUAAGGAAAAUUGGAAUUAGCGAAAGCAGUGGGAUUACUCUUGCCAGUGAAUGGAAAGGAAAAAAGUACCUCUCUCAGUUGAGUCAGAAUGAGGAAUAUGACCAUGGGGGGGGAAGCCACAAUUACAUAGAUGGUAGUAGUGAUAUAUACGUGGAUGGAGGUAGCGAUCACUACAUAGGCUGCUUCAGUGAGAACAAUGAAUACGAGUUGUCCUCCAACAAUGAUGAUUGGUGUGAUAACUCUAGUUACACGCUUACAAAUUAUGGUGUGAAAAAGAAAAAGAAGAAGAAAAUGAAGAGCUGUAAGGUGAAUGACAACGAUAAGGUAAUAGUUCCAACUUUUGAUAAAAGAAAAAGAAAAAAAUAUAAAAAUUCUAUUAACGAUAGAAUAAAGACCUUUUUGAAGGAACAGAUAGAAUAUUAUUAUGAUUUAGACCUUUUCAGUUAUUUGAAUAACGAAAAUGGUAAAGAGGAAAGUAAUGAAUGUAACGAAAAUGGCGAUAAAUGCAAAGAUGGUGUUACGUUCGCUUUAUUCAUAAUUAGCGAAAUUGAGAAGGGAAUAAACUGUGUAGAACCAAUGGAAGAAAAUAAAAUUUGCACUAAUGGCAUAUAUAGCAGAGAUGAUAGAGAUGGUAAAGGUGAUAUAUGCAGAGGGAACAGCAGAAACGGUAGAGUAAUCAAACGUGCCGUGAGUGCGGAACAAAAUGACGAAGUGCAAAGCGCAGUUAACGUAAAGGAAGGCAUUCAUUUUGAGUGUAUAAUAAAUUACGACAGUAAAAAUUUGAAAAAUAUUUUCUUUUUUGAAAAUAUUAAUAUAGAAUAUAACAACAAAGAGUUAACCUUGUGUCCAUUUGGAAGUGAAGUCGUUUUUGAUAACAAACCAUCAGAUGUGGUGAGGCAUAAAAAGCUAUUAUUAAAAAAUGAAUGCCAUAUGAAAGAGAAUAGUACCAGUAAUUAUAUGGAUGUAACUACAGAAAUUGUAAUUAAAUUGAAAAGACAUUUUACUAAUAAAAGAAAUAUAAACAUGAUGAACUAUUUCUAUUUAAAUGAUAAGAAUUAUGUGUUAAUAUCUGAGAUUAUACAAUUUUUUUAUUUUUUAUUAUUAUGUAAUUAUUUGUAUAGUGAUAACAAUUCAUAUGGUGAAGGGGAAAAAAGAAUAAAGGGAAGAGGAAUGCAUAAAAGUGGACUCCUAACAAUUAACAAUAUUAUGCAUCAAUUAAAUGUACAUAUAGAUAAAGACUUAACAGUAGAAAAUAUAUUUCUGAGUCUUUGCGCUCCAGUAAUUUAUCUAGACUUUAGCGAUAGUAUUAAUAUUGUAAAUUUCCUCGCACAUCUGUUAAAUGAAUUCCCAGAUGGGAUGUUAAGUGGCUGUGAAAAACAAAAUGAUGUUAAGAGUACUGAUGAAGAAGAAAAGGAUUACAACUACAAUGUAACAACAUCAGAGGAAGGUAUAAAAAAAGAUGACAUAUAUAAGUACAUAUCGAACGAGCUAAUAAAUGAUUUCUUAUUUAAAUGUAGAAAAGUAUUUAAUGGUAGUUUAUUAAGCAUAAGUGUGUGUAGUUAUUUAGAUAAUUCUAUGUUUUUUAGUUCACUUAAAAAAAAUAGAAAUUUUGUAUUUAUCUAUUUCAUAUCUCAAUAUUUGGGUAAGCCUAUAUUUUUUGAUAUCAUCGAGCUUAAUCAAAUGUGCAAAAAACUGGAAUGGAUUAAAUUGAAUAGUAUAUCAGAACGUAAAGGGAAAGAAUAUAUUUACCUGUUAAUAUGUUUAUUAGGCAAUAGGAUAUCUAUUUUGGGUAUCUCUAAGUAUAAUUUUUUUCAAAAAUUGUAUUAUUCAUUAAAAAAUGAACACAAAUAUAUAGAUUUUACAAAAUAUAUCGAACACAAUCUUUUGAAGUCCAAAUUUAAAAGGCUAUUCACAUAUAAAAGUAAAGAACUGCUAAAUGAUUUCUCUUAUACAAUAUGUGUACAAGAGAACAAACGUUUUCUAAAACUAGCUGUUUGUUCGAACGAUUUUAAAUUGAAAAUAAUAAGUGUACUCUUAAAUGAGUGGAACAAGGAUAAAAACAAAAUAAGUAGUUUUCUCAAACGAUCCCCAACCAUGAACAUUACUUUUCAAGGCUGUAAUAGUUCCUUAGAUUUGGUUUUUAAAAAAAAAAGAAUUUUUACUUGUAGAACUUUUGGCAUGGUUUAUACAAACGAUAUGCAUUCGAGCUGUGAUCAUGUUAACCAAAGGGGUACUCCCUGUCCGAAAGAAGGGAACCAUGUUGACAGAGUGGAAGGUCAAAAUAUUAGCGAUCCGAAUGAAGGAAAAAAGAAAAAUAAAAAAAAAGAAAAUAAAAAAGAGAAGGAAAAAGAAGAAGUCAAAGAAGAAGUAAAAGAAGAAGCAAAAGAGCCAACUCUCACAGCACAUAUCAAUGGUAAAAAGGGCGAAAACUGGCAUUGCAAAAGUCAUACUGAAGGAACCGAAGCGACAAAUGAAAGGUACGACAUAACAGUUUGUGAGGAUUAUAUUUAUUUGCAGCAUGGAAUAUUAUCCUUAUGCUCCUUUUAUCCUUGCAUUAAUUCGUAUCUUCUUUGUAUUAGUACAAAAGAAGGGGAUAUCAUAAUAAUAGAUAUUCGAAAUAAUAGCGAACUUUUUUUUUUUAAAAGAAAAACAGAAACAGUUACACAUUUAAAAUGGCAUAGCAACAGUUGUAUAUUAUUUGGUCAGGAUAAAGGAUGUAUAUUGCAUUUAUUUGAAAAUAAAUUUUUUUUAAAUAUAGACAAAACUUGGAAUAAUCUAAUAGACAUCUUAUGUUUACAUAGCUAUAUAAUAAAUGGCACGUACAUGUUCAUAUUUGAUGACGGCUCAAUUAUUAAAGGAGAAUUAAAAGGAAGUACAUCCAAAGUUAGGCCUAAUGAAAUCCUUUUGUGGAAAACUACAAAUUUUGAAUUAGACCCUGAUAUUUUAUUAAAAAUUAGUUUUACACAAAAUGAUCAAAUUAAAGCAGUCUCACUUAUAUUGUUAUAUGAAUAUUUACGAGGACUUCAGCAUAUUCUUACCAACGGGAUUAAAAUAAGCAAGUCAAAAAAACUUGAGGCUAAAGUGAGCAGGAAAACCAUAGCCUUGAUGCCUAAAUCCAUAUCCAUUGCAGUUUUUGACAAAAACUGUUUAACAGCUUACGGAAAUGCAGCAGGUUUAAUCCAUAUCCUUUCAAGAGGAAAAGAAGUAGAAGACUUGAGUGAGAAUUGA